AUGACCACAUCGAUAUCGCUAAUGUUGAUCAUGGAAAACGACGGAACCCCAUUAAUGGCAUUAUUGGAUGGAACCUUCCUGAAGGGUAACAAUCUUUCCACCGGAAGUUCUCAAUCAUUAAGGAGCGCAGAGGUUCGGUAUACCUCCAAAACCUCUAGGUUAAGUAAAAUGUUACGGUCAAGAAAAGAUCAAGACGACAGUCAAAGAAAAUUAGCUGUCGAAGAGGAACAAAAAAGGAUUGAGAGUUUAUGGGAUCCCGUUCUUAAUCAAAGCUACGACUUCUCUAGUUUUAGGGAUUACGAUAACACCCCCUAUAUAUUACCCACUAGAAUAAGUAAAAAGUUAAGCCUGGAAGAUUUGUAUAAUGAAGAACAGAAUAGUUAUCCGAAUUUAUGGCAACCCCUGAUUAAUAAACCCCUUGAACCUCCGGUCCUAGAAGAUUAUGAUAGUCGAAACUUCACGGCGGAAAGUGAAAUCGAAAUAAAUAAGGGAGUACAUCGAAAUAUCUCACUUCCACAAAUUGAGGAACGUUGGUAUCCCAUAUAUAACAAAAGCUCAAUUUGCGAGAGUCCCAACUCAUCGGAGUUUCAAAACGAAACAGAGGAUGUUAACUUUAAAUUACCCUGUCUGAAAAACCGAUCACCACUGGAGAGCUACUUUGAAAGAGAUCGUGGACCUAAUAGGCCUAGAAGGCGAGGCCUACAAGUGCACUUGUACAUCAAAGCGAAACUGGUAUAUGGAAAAGAAUAUUACAUUUUCACGACUUUGCCCAGUCUGGGCAAGAAUAAUUUCGUGCUCACAAUUACGGUGGAUACCAAAGAUUAUUUAAUCAAUGAGAUCGAUACGGCCGUCGAUGUCGAAUAUACUGGUUGGAGUUAUACAACAAACUUAAAGGCUUUACUGCAAAGGUUUGGCAUACAUGGCUAUGGACUUAAAUAUAGGAGUUGUUAUUAUUACCGCAGCACAGCUACAUUUUACAGUACGAAGCACCAAUACAUUAUCGCCGAAGUAAAAUCCAUGAAAGACAGGCGGAGGCUAUUGGCACAUGUGGUGCGUAGGAGAAUUAGAGUGCGGAGACCCCCACAUGUGACCUGCAUACCCUCUUUGAACUUAGAAUUCUGCAAGAACCCCGAAGAAGCAGUAGUGCUCUCUCCCUGGGGUCAUGUGGAAUUCUUCGCAACUAUAGGUGAUGAGUGUCCCCUAGUGAAGUAUAAAAAUGUGAAAUGGCUAUUUUACGAUAUUCGUGAGAAAAAAUUUCUCGGUCAGGCAGAGGGAGCCGUAGGACUUGUUUUAAAGUUAUUGCCGUACCGUCUAAAAUUCCGGAAAAAUCCACAAGGAACAAAAGUCUUUCUGUUACGAGUAGAAGCCAUAAUAAAUGACUUAUUUACGGUAGCUCGUUGCUAUGUGACGUACAGAACCCCCCAAGUUGAACCUCAAAUCAAGGGCAAUGAGCGACGGAAGGUCGACGUACGAAAACCAAUUUCCCUCGAUGGGUCCGGCAGCAAGGACAGAAUGAAAAAGACGGAAUCUACUGAAUCGAAGGAUUUCUUUUGGAGCUGUCGCAGUCUAGACGAUCCAGAAAACAAAUAUUGCAAAAAAUAUAUGUCAGAGGUGCCCUCCUUAAGAUUACCAGCAAAUGCCCUCAAGCCGAAUUCCGACUACGACUUCACUUUGACCGUAGCUUCGCGAAUCGACCCGGGGAAUCGGAAAACCGUUUCCCAGGUGGUAAGGGGUACCACCAUGAAGUCCUUUACUCCCCAAAUCCUCUGCCGUCGUAACUGCGACCUGGGCGUCUAUGCCCCCAUCGAAAGUGUUCAUCUGAUCCCCAAAUGCGACGACUGUCCGGGCAAGAUUAAGAGGUAUGAGUGGUGGGUGCUGCCGGAGGGAGAUGCACCCCACCUAGAAUCGCGGUACAAAUAUCUGAUUCUUCACCACCAAGAGCCCCAUCUAUACAUUCGACUCAAGAUGGAGAUGGAGAACAAGAGGUGGGUGGAAGCCUUUUAUACGCUGCGCAGAAACGACGGUCCUCAAAAGGGAGAUUGCAGAGUGUCUCCAAUGUUUGGUCUGGAGAGCAUUACGAUUUUUGAAAUAAGUUGCCUGGGCUUUGAGACGAACUACAGCCCGCUGACCUUUCGCUACACGACGGAUACCGGGGUUAUCGCCACGAAUGUGCCGUACAAAAGGUUUAAAGUGACCCUACCAGCCACCCAGGGGCUGAAGAUCUCGAUUUGCGAUAACAUCGAUAUGUGUGUGGACCGGAAAGGCCGUGUAUGGGUGAUACCAAUAUAUAGGAUCUUUAGAAGUAAGAUCGACUAUGUAAUGGAGAAUGUGACCCAUUUGCUGCUACAUGGCCAGUGGAAUAGGGCCUUUGUCACGAGCUUAGCCGCCUCAAAUUUGAUAAGGUCGACGGGUGAGGGACGUCAGGUCUACUCGUAUGUACAGAAGGCGGCGGCCCACACGGGGUCCCAGCUGGAGCAGCUUACUUCGCUGGCCACGCACAUUAUAGGGAAACUGAAGCCAAUCGAUUACCGCGGCGCCACCCUAAUGGCGGACAUCUUCAGCCAACUGAGCGGCAUCUUCGAGGAGAUCGUCCGGGAGCGCGAGUGGCUGCAUCGGGAUGCCUACCAGUCGCUGACUGCCAGUCAUAUGUUCUUCAUGUCGGUGCUGGGGCAGAAAACGGAGCACCAUUCGGUGGCCAUGUGCAAGCCAUAUAAUCCCGAGUGCCUGAACCUGCAGAAGCUUGACUUCGAGAGGCACUUUGCCAUCGAGUUUGAUCCCCUGAUUCUGCUGCGCAUCAACAGCUGGAUGAUGAACACUUGGUAUCUGUACAAGUGCGUCUACUAUAUAGGCGUCGUGGCUACCCAACGACAUCAUCCCUACGAUGACGCCUUGUCGGUCCAAGUGGGCGGCAUUGCGUACCAGAUAAAUGUCACGGAGGUAACGGUCAAUGCCAAGGACAUCGUUAUGGAGACAAUCGACAAUAUACACGUUGUUGAAAUAUCUAAAGAGCUCCUCUUCGAGUUGAAAGCCAGCCUGAAUCACAGCACCAUUCUGUUUCAGACCAUCUCGCAACAAAACCACCACAAUAUCUUCUGGUGGUACCCGGAUCCCCUGCCCUCGAAGACCAGUGUGCUAAUCCUGCACGCCUACAGUCCCACUAACUUUUUUCAUAGCUCCAAGGAGGCUGAGUUGAAGAAUCCUCUAGUGUACAAGACGAACAUUACCCAGUUCAACGACGAAUUCUUCACGCAGUGGAUGGCCAACAGCAGUAUUCGAAAUAGUACGGAGAUCCACAUAUAUAGCCUUAUGCUGAACCAAAAGGCCAUGUUGGCGGUGCGAAUAGUGAGUUGUUCGGAGCUGAUGUACAUAAAGAUGAGGAUGCACAGGUGGCCAACUUUGGGUCAGAUACGACAGGGGGCCUGUCGCAUAACUCCCGAAAUGGUGGGCAAACGCAUUUGGAUGGCAAACUCCUGUGCACGAAGUCGGGCCUAUGUGGCCAUUCACAGGCCGGGUGAUGUGCGAUAUAGAAAGAAACUGAGGACGGGGAAGAAGUAUAAAAAGAAGCGGAUAAAAAGGGAAGCGUACUACGACUACGAAUAUGAAGAGCCGGAGGAAAUUCUUGAGUCGCGGUUUCUGAACUACUCGAUUCUUCUGGAGAUAUACCAGUGCAAUUUCUGGAAGAACCGUUCGUUGGAUCCCGGCUGGAGCAAGGACUACUGCACCACCACUUUCGAGCACGCUUCUGGAACCUCCGUUCAGUGCACCUGCUACACCCUAGGCACUCUGUCUUCUCGGAUCUUUCCUAUCUCAGCGGAACUGUUUGUGGAGCACAUACCCGUUCCCGUGCUGUUGUACAACAUGACCAUGCUGCUCAUCUUCCUGGUGCUGUUCCUAAUGAUCAUCCUUAAGUGGAUUUUCAAUGCGGAUAUUAUUACUGCCCAUCUGAGGGAGCCAAGUAUUCUGCAUUGCGAAACUGCGAAAGGAAAAACGGAUCGCUGGCACGGUAAAGGAGCUGAGAUCCUUCUCGUAAUAGUCACUGGAGGUCAAGAGUUUGCGGGCACUACGUCGAACAUUAAGUUCUACUUCAAGUCGCCAAAUCGACCGCAGACCUCGUAUCAAAUCACCCAGGAUCCUGGGCAUCCAAAGUUAUUGAGGAACAGCACCAACAAGCUGAUGAUUCCGCGGGGGAAUAUCUACAUACCCACCCGUUUGGCCCUGGGAAUCGGCAGGAAUGGAAGAUACCCCUCGUGGUAUUGCCGAUCCAUCACAGUCGUAGAUCUGGAGUUGAAUGUACAGCAGCUGUUCCUGGUGGACAGCUGGAUAGAGCGGGGUCACACUCACUUCAUGCGCUCCAAGUACUUCACGAUGGGCCCCUACAGAAAGACCCCGAAGUACACGUGGUGUCAGCGAUUACGACUUCGGAUCGAGCAGCUAUAUGUCAGCUGGUUCAUGAUCAACCCGAUCACCGGACCCUGGCAAAGUAACGUCGGCGGCAUCACCAUGAAUCGCUUCGAGAGGAGUUGUGUGUGGAUCUGCAAUACGGCAGUCACUUUGGCCGUGGUUUCCUUGUACUUUGGAAAGUCCACCGUGGAGUCCAUUCAGGAGGAGACGCGCCAGAACAUAGAACACAGCCUUCAGAUCACCGUGGUCAUUGUGCUGGCCUUUUACGCCUUUGUCAUCUGCUUAUGCAUACAUUUCGUGUUCGAAGUCGUCAUGUUGCGGUGGCUGUGGCCGCAGAAGUAA